AGUUGGUACAACGUUUUUUUGGUAUAGAAAAAAGAUCCGAAGGAUUUCCCAUUUAUGCCUAUAUGGGAAAUUACCUAAAGGUCACCAGCUAUCCAUGUCUGCACGCGCCGGGGUCAUGCGCCGGGGGGUAUCCUUCACCUUGGGAAAAGUAAAUACCGUAUGUUUUCCCAGUUGAGGCUCUCGUUUAUAUUUCCCGGUUUCUUCAACCUCUUUUCUUCUUUAAGGUCGUUCUAUUUUUACACGACACUCGUUAAAAUAAGUUGUGCCAAUAUGAAGGUGCUUUUGGGAUCUCUACUUACAGUGGCUGGCGCAGUGGCUGGCGCAGUAAGCGCCAGCGUGCCGACAUUGGAGGCGCCGGCAUGCUCGGCUGGGAAGGGCACCGUCGAGUACAACAAGUCAGUUCCUGACAAAGCUGACUUCCCAAAAACUCAAGUCGACGUGUGUUACGACGAUACUUCGAUCCACAUCACAUUUACGGCGUUCGAGGAGACGAAUUAUUACUUCAACGCCAGCCAGACGACUAACGACGCCAUUUGGGAGUACGAAGUCAUGGAGGGCUUCCUCUACCGCGGAACAAAUGAUCCGCAAACCUAUCUGGAAUUCGAAGUGAGCCCAAAUAAUGUCACAUUCCAGGCUUGGAUUUACAACAAAUCCAAAGUGCGCGCCGCCAGUGCGCCGUUGGACACCUCCUUUCUUACUCAGCCCCUGGUCGAUGGCCUGACAACUGAGACGACCCUAGAUAAAACGGCGCAGACGUGGGUAUCGUCAGCCACCAUCCCACUGGGGCUUUUCAACGUCGAUGAUGGACAAGCGGCGGGGACGGAAUGGAGGAUGAAUUUCUUCCGAACGGUUGUGUCGCCGGAGACUUAUCCUGACCAACUACUUGGCGCGUGGAACCCGACGAACGAGUCAAACUUCCACAUGACGCCUUUCUUCGGUCAGGUUUCCUUCAUAUAAGGAAGGAAUGCUCAAUUCUACCUAGGUAGUGUCAGACACUGAGUACUAGCACGAAUUGAGAAUCCAACAUGAAUUAUCCUGAAUUUUGGGUGCGGUAGAGCGGAGUUCCGUGUCGCGAUUCGUACACCUGAUGCGUGUUGGUUGAACUCGCAUCGUGUAACCAUACCUAAAUGCCGCCCGCUGUCAAGAGAUAACGGUUAUUUUCAAGAACAAUGGUUUUUUAUAUAAUAACGGUUUGAAUCAGAUUUGAUAUAUAAUCCGACACAACGGUUGUCAUAAGAAAAAUGAUUGUAAAUAGGUAUGUAGGUAUAGCAGAUUACGUUAUAGCUACGAUUACAUAUAUAGGUACAUGUAUAACUAUGACAACUACGAUAACUACGACGAUGACGACAAUUAUAGCUUUUAUUUACUAGGGUACUAUAUUAUAAAGAUUAAAAGAUUUGCUUAAGAAAGCUUAAGUGAAAGAAAUUAAGAGAUUAAUAUACUUGACCUGGAUUACCUAAAGGAUUUUAAUCAUUCUUUUUUAUUAGAAUAAUGAUAAAGAAAGAAGAGGAAGAGGAGGAAGAAAGAUUUUUUUUUUUUAAAAAAAAGACCCUUUUAUAAGAAAUUUUGGAAAUUAUAUGGUUACACAACUCAC